AAAAUUUUUAAAUCAUACACAAUGCCACGUAUAGGGUUAUAAACUUCCUAUAAUUUUCCCCUGAUACCAACCAGUCAAUGAAAUAUACUAGUAAAUUUUACUAGGUACUUCUCGAUGCGCAAUCUAUGUAAUACAUAAGUUUAUGGCUGUGCGCGUAAUAACUUUACGACGGUUAAAUUAGGUUAUAUUAUGAUUUAGUGUUUGAUAUUAUUAACAAAAUGUCACGGAAAAAACACAAUGUGUCGUAUAUUAAACCAAACGAACCAAAAUUUUUACGUGAAUUAAAAGAACAAGUUGGAUAUAAAGAAGGACCCACAGUCGAGACAAAGAGAGAAGUAUUGCCAGUAGCUUCAGAUAAUGAAGAUGAACGUGAUGAAGAGAAACCUGUUGUGGUUGUAUUAAAUUCUGAACAUUUAACUGAAGAAGAAGCAGAGGCAUUUAAAAAAAAGAAAGAAGAAGAAGAAACUAAUGCCCCAGCUGAUCUAUCUAAACGAAUCAUAUUUAGGAAAAAUAAAUUAACAGAAACAGAAUCAGAAACCAUAGAUAAGCCAGUGAAAAAGAAGAUAAAGAAAAGAAAACAGGAAAAGACAGUGUUAUCUUUUAAUGAUAAUGAUGAAGAUUAUCUUUAACACUAUUUAUAUAUUUAGAGUGUUUUUGCACACACAUCCAUUAUUAUGCUCAUCUGUAUAAUUAUGUUUGUAAUAAGAUAAUGUUGUACAUAAUAGAAAUUAAUGUAAAGACUUUUUAUGUAUUUGAAUUCAUAUUUAAAUGAAAAUAUUAUUUUUUAUUUUUUAAACAACAAUUUUUAA